AUGAAUCUGAGCUCCCCAUUACUCGCUUUGCCCGAAGAAGGAAAGAAAAGGCGGACGAAGCUGAUCCGAUUGAGAAAUGGGCACUACAGAAGAAUCGUUGACAUCUCGAAUACUGAUGAAAGGAAAUUAAUUCCCAGCAUGUGUCGUUGUGCUUGCGUCACCCCCCGAAAGGAUGAAGUUGAGAACGAAGGCAAAUGGGAAGACGCGAAAAAGGCCAAGAGCUCACAGGAGUAUGACGAAACGAGCGAUUACGUGGAGUCCGAAAAGAAAGAAUCGUACAUGCUUGCGGUGAACGAAGAGGACCAAACGGAGGACAUGUAUUCUAAAACAAUCUCCUUCACGUCUAUUACGCCUACGAGCAUAAGGAGUGAGGAGCCGGAACCUCGCAGGAAAUUAUCCCUGCUGGAUGUGAAGGAGGAAGAGGAGGAGGAGGAGGAGGAGGAGGAGGAAGAGGAGGAGGAGGAAGAGGAAGAGGAGGAGGAAGAGGAAGAGGAAAAGGAAAAGGAAAAGGAAAAGGAGGAAGAAGAAGAAGAAGAAGAAGAAGAAGAAGAAGAGGAGGAGGAAGAAGAGGAAGAGGAGGACGAAAUAGAAUCCACUGCUGAAGAAAAAGAGGAGGAAAAAAAACAAGUCCCACCUGAAGGAAAGAAACUAAUAGAGCCAUCCAAAACGCUGAUGAGAGGAACCAAGACGAACAUCUACUUUUUGUCAAAUAAAGAAAUGGUGCAAACGUUGAUGUGCUACAAUUACAAUUGCAACGCUGUGGUCUUCGAAAAAGACACCUUUCUAAGGUACCUGUACAUGAAAUCUAUCAGCAAUAUUAUUCUGAAUGAGCGCAUGAUUGACGAGCUGUGCAAGCAGGAGGAUUUAAAAUACGUCCUAACCAGUAAUGCUAUAGUUUUAGAGUCUACAGAUUUUCUCAAGCCACUCAUCAUAGAGUUUGAGUCAUCCAUUUCGAAGAGGGUAUUCGUUAGGCAUCUCAAGCACAAUGCAAGGAAAGAAAUAGACAUGAAAAAAUACCACGAUUAUAUGGGCGAACUUAACGCGAAUGAAAAAAUACGUCUCAUGAAAAUUGAAAGGUUCCACUCCUUCAAUAAGAUGAUUCAGUGCAACUGACUUUCUUCUCCUACGUGUGGAGUGGGCAAAGUUACGCAGAUGAGGAUGGACUCCCAUGGGAACAUCCUCUUUAUGCGAAACGUCGUCUUGACAAAAAACUCCCGCCGAGGUGACGCAAAUGUGCACACGUGUGUUCCAUUUUGCCUCUCCGGGUAAUAUGUGCACCGCUGCACACCUUUUGUAUAAUAUCUCCACUCACCCCCUGCUGGAAGGGGCCACUUAAAGGUUAAAAAAUAAAACCCAUAGAUGUUUUGCAAUUUUGAACAGCGGACGCGUCACACAUAUGGCCCGCGUACGGCGAAAAAAACAAUGUCCACGUGGGACAUGGGGGAUUAUUGCAUACCCUCCAUGCGGUAUACUUCGCUCGUGCGCGCAGCAUACCUUUCGCGUUUUCGCCGUUUCCCCAGGGGAAUUUACACACCCCUGCGCAGUUUGCAUUAUUCUUCUUGUAGUUUGUUCUUUUAUUUGUUCUCUGUUUUUUUAUUUUUAUUUUUCCCCAACUUUUGCCUUUCCUUUUUGAUAGACCCUUCUCCUUUAAACUGUAUUAGUUCCCCUUUUGCAAUUCUGCGCUUGGCUGGUUCGCCAUGCCGGUAAUUCGCGCCCCUCAAGUUGGCCCUACCUAAGCGUGAAGCUUCCACCGUUUGGGGUAUCCUCCCCGUUUUAAUUAUGGCAUCGUUUGUUCUUAAUUUUGGGACCCCUCCGCUGCGGCUGCGGCUGCUUCUCUUUCCUC